CAAGAUGGCUGGCGGCGGCGGUCGGGCCCCGGCGUGAGCCGAGCGCGGGCUGCAGCCGGAAGAUACCCUGGCCCAGUGGCCACUGAGCCCGAUCCGCCAAGCCGGCCGGGCCGCCUCCGGCCCGCCGGCGACUCCGGAGACAUGUCUCUGCUUUGCGUUGGAGUCAAAAAAGCCAAGUUUGAUGGUGCUCAAGAGAAAUUCAACACGUACGUGACCCUGAAAGUGCAGAAUGUCAAGAGCACGACCAUUGCUGUUCGAGGCAGCCAGCCCAGCUGGGAGCAGGAUUUCAUGUUUGAGAUUAACCGCCUGGAUUUAGGGUUGACUGUGGAAGUGUGGAACAAGGGUCUUAUCUGGGACACAAUGGUGGGCACUGUGUGGAUCCCACUGCGGACUAUCCGUCAGUCCAAUGAGGAGGGCCCUGGAGAGUGGUUGACUCUGGACUCUCAGGUCAUCAUGGCAGACAAUGAGAUCUGUGGCACCAAGGACCCCACCUUCCACCGCAUUCUCCUUGACACACGCUUCGAGCUGCCCUUAGACAUUCCUGAGGAAGAGGCACGCUACUGGGCCAAGAAACUGGAGCAGCUGAAUGCCCUGAGGGACCAGGAUGAGUACACAUUCCAAGAUGAACAAGACAAGCCUCUGCCUGUCCCCAGCAACCAGUGUUGCAACUGGAAUUAUUUUGGCUGGGGUGAGCAGCAGAAUGAUGAUCCUGACAGUGCAGUGGACGAUCGUGACAGCGACUACCGCAGUGAAACGAGCAACAGCAUCCCUCCACCCUAUUACACUACAUCGCAACCCAAUGCCUCAGUCCACCAGUACUCUGUCCGCCCACCACCCCUAGGUUCCCGGGAAUCCUACAGUGACUCCAUGCACAGUUAUGAGGAGUUCUCUGAGACUCGGGCACUCAGCCCCACAGGCAGUAGCCGUUAUGCCUCCUCAGGGGAGCUGAGCCAGGGAAGCUCACAGCUGAGUGAGGACUUCGACCCGGAUGAGCAGAGCCUGCAGGGCUCUGAGUUGGAGGACGAGCGGGACGGGGACUCCUAUCACUCAUGCCAUAGCUCGGUCAGCUACCACAAAGACUCACCCCGCUGGGACCAGGAUGAGGAGGAACUGGAUGAAGAGGAGCUGGAUGAGGACCUGGAGGACUUCCUGGAGGAAGAGGAGCUGCCUGAGGAUGAGGAGGAGCUGGAAGAGGAGGAGGAGGAGGUGCCUGACGACGUGGGCAGCUAUGCCCAGCAUGAGGAUGCCAUCGUGGCUGAGCCCAAAGACUUCAAGCGCAUCAGCCUCCCACCAGCUGCCCCUGGGAAGGAGGACAAGGCCCCAGUCUUGCCUGCUGAUGGAGACAUGGCCAAGGCAGCCCCCAAGCCACCCACUCCCGAGGAGGUGACUGUCACUGAUCGAGCACCUGAGCCUGAACCCUCCAAGGCCGAGGAGAGUUUCAGGCCACGAGAGGAUGAAGAAGGCCAGGAGGGUCAGGACUCCAUGUCCAGGGCCAGGGCCAACUGGCUGCGAGCCUUCAACAAGGUGCGGAUGCAGCUGCAAGAGGCCCGGGGAGAAGGGGAGAUGUCCAAAUCCCUGUGGUUCAAAGGCGGCCCAGGGGGUGGUCUCAUCAUCAUUGACAGCAUGCCAGACAUCCGCAAGAGGAAGCCUAUCCCACUCGUGAGCGACCUGGCUAUGUCCUUGGUCCAGUCCAGGAAAGCAGGCAUCACCUCAGCCUUGGCCUCCAGCACUUUGAACAACGAGGAGCUGAAAAACCACGUUUACAAAAAGACCCUGCAAGCCUUAAUCUACCCCAUUUCGUGCACGACGCCACACAACUUCGAAGUGUGGACGGCCACCACGCCCACCUACUGCUAUGAGUGCGAGGGGCUAUUGUGGGGCAUCGCGCGGCAAGGCAUGCGCUGCACCGAGUGCGGCGUCAAGUGCCACGAGAAAUGCCAGGACCUGCUCAAUGCCGACUGCUUGCAGCGUGCUGCGGAGAAGAGCUCCAAGCACGGGGCUGAGGACCGCACACAGAAUAUCAUCAUGGUGCUCAAGGACCGCAUGAAGAUCCGGGAGCGCAACAAGCCCGAGAUCUUUGAACUCAUCCAAGAGAUCUUCGCUGUCUCCAAGACCGCGCACACGCAGCAGAUGAAGGCAGUGAAGCAGAGUGUGCUGGACGGCACGUCCAAGUGGUCGGCCAAGAUCAGCAUCACGGUGGUUUGUGCCCAGGGCUUGCAGGCAAAGGACAAGACAGGAUCCAGUGACCCUUACGUCACAGUCCAGGUUGGGAAGACCAAGAAACGAACAAAAACCAUCUAUGGGAACCUCAACCCCGUGUGGGAGGAGAAUUUCCACUUUGAAUGUCACAACUCCUCUGACCGCAUCAAGGUGCGUGUCUGGGAUGAGGAUGAUGACAUCAAAUCCCGUGUGAAACAGAGGUUCAAGAGGGAAUCUGAUGACUUCCUGGGCCAGACGAUCAUCGAGGUGCGGACGCUCAGUGGCGAGAUGGACGUGUGGUAUAACCUGGAUAAGCGAACUGACAAAUCUGCUGUGUCAGGUGCCAUCCGGCUACACAUUAGUGUAGAGAUCAAAGGCGAGGAAAAGGUGGCCCCCUACCACGUUCAGUACACCUGUCUGCAUGAGAAUUUGUUCCACUUUGUAACGGAUGUGCAGAACAAUGGGGUCGUGAAGAUCCCAGAUGCCAAGGGUGAUGAUGCAUGGAAGGUUUACUACGAUGAGACAGCUCAGGAGAUUGUGGAUGAGUUUGCCAUGCGCUACGGUGUUGAGUCCAUCUACCAAGCCAUGACCCACUUUGCCUGCCUCUCCUCCAAGUACAUGUGCCCUGGGGUGCCUGCCGUCAUGAGCACUCUGCUUGCCAACAUCAAUGCCUACUAUGCGCACACCACCGCCUCCACCAACGUGUCUGCCUCCGACCGCUUCGCUGCCUCCAACUUCGGGAAAGAGCGCUUUGUGAAACUCCUGGACCAGUUGCAUAAUUCCCUGAGGAUUGACCUCUCCAUGUACCGGAAUAACUUCCCAGCCAGCAGCCCGGAGAGGCUCCAGGACCUCAAAUCCACUGUGGACCUUCUCACCAGCAUCACCUUCUUUCGGAUGAAGGUACAAGAACUCCAGAGUCCUCCCCGAGCCAGCCAAGUGGUAAAGGAUUGUGUGAAAGCCUGCCUCAACUCUACUUAUGAGUACAUUUUCAACAACUGUCAUGAACUCUAUAGCCGGGAGUACCAGACAGACCCGGCCAAAAAGGGGGAAGUUCCCCCAGAAGAACAGGGCCCCAGCAUUAAGAAUCUUGACUUCUGGUCCAAGCUUAUUACACUUAUAGUGUCGAUCAUUGAGGAAGACAAGAAUUCCUACACUCCCUGCCUCAACCAGUUUCCCCAGGAGCUGAAUGUGGGUAAAAUCAGUGCUGAAGUAAUGUGGAAUCUGUUUGCCCAAGACAUGAAGUAUGCCAUGGAGGAGCAUGACAAGCAUCGCCUAUGCAAGAGUGCUGACUACAUGAACCUCCACUUCAAAGUCAAAUGGCUCUACAAUGAGUAUGUGGCAGAACUUCCUGCCUUCAAGGACCGUGUGCCUGAGUACCCGGCGUGGUUUGAACCAUUUGUCAUCCAAUGGUUGGAUGAGAAUGAAGAAGUGUCCCGGGAUUUCCUGCAUGGUGCCCUGGAGCGAGACAAAAAGGAUGGGUUCCAGCAGACCUCAGAGCAUGCCCUGUUCUCCUGUUCUGUGGUGGACGUCUUCUCCCAACUCAACCAAAGCUUUGAAAUCAUCAAGAAACUUGAGUGCCCUGACCCCCAGAUCGUGGGGCACUACAUGAGGCGCUUUGCCAAGACCAUCAGUAAUGUGCUCCUCCAGUAUGCAGACAUCAUCUCCAAGGACUUCGCCUCCUACUGCUCCAAGGAGAAGGAGAAAGUGCCUUGCAUCCUCAUGAACAACACUCAACAACUGCGAGUUCAGCUAGAAAAGAUGUUCGAGGCCAUGGGAGGGAAGGAGCUGGAUGCUGAGGCCAGUGACAUCUUGAAGGAACUUCAGGUGAAACUCAAUAACGUCUUGGACGAGCUCAGCCGAGUGUUUGCUACCAGCUUCCAGCCACACAUCGAAGAGUGUGUCAAACAGAUGGGUGACAUCCUUAGCCAAGUUAAGGGCACAGGAAAUGUGCCAGCCAGUGCCUGCAGCAGCGUGGCCCAGGAUGCUGACAAUGUGUUGCAGCCCAUCAUGGACCUGCUGGACAGCAACCUGACUCUCUUUGCCAAAAUCUGUGAGAAGACGGUGCUGAAGCGAGUGCUCAAGGAGCUGUGGAAGCUGGUUAUGAACACCAUGGAGAAGACCAUCGUCCUGCCACCCCUCACUGACCAGACGAUGAUCGGCAACCUCUUGAGAAAACAUGGCAAGGGAUUAGAAAAGGGCAGGGUGAAAUUGCCAAGCCACUCAGACGGAACCCAGAUGAUCUUCAAUGCAGCCAAGGAGCUGGGGCAGCUGUCCAAACUCAAGGACCACAUGGUACGAGAAGAAGCCAAGAGUUUGACACCGAAGCAGUGUGCAGUUGUUGAGCUGGCCCUGGACACCAUCAAGCAAUACUUCCAUGCAGGCGGCGUGGGCCUCAAGAAGACCUUCCUGGAGAAGAGCCCAGACCUGCAAUCUUUGCGCUACGCCCUGUCCCUCUACACACAGGCCACUGACCUGCUCAUCAAAACCUUUGUGCAGACGCAGUCUGCCCAGGUCCAUGGUGGAAAAGGGACUAGGUUUACCCUUAGUGAAGACAUUUAUCCUGAGAAGGGCUCAGGUGUGGAAGAUCCUGUGGGUGAAGUCUCCGUCCACGUUGAGCUCUUCACUCAUCCGGGAACUGGGGAACACAAGGUCACAGUGAAAGUGGUGGCUGCCAAUGACCUCAAGUGGCAGACUUCUGGCAUCUUCCGGCCAUUCAUCGAGGUCAACAUUAUUGGGCCCCACCUUAGUGACAAGAAACGCAAGUUUGCAACCAAAUCCAAGAACAACAGCUGGGCUCCCAAGUACAACGAGAGCUUCCAGUUCACGUUGAGCGCUGACGCGGGCCCCGAGUGCUAUGAGCUGCAGGUGUGCGUCAAGGACUACUGCUUCGCGCGUGAGGACCGCACGGUGGGGUUGGCCGUGCUGCAGCUGCGCGAGCUGGUCCAGCGCGGGAGUGUCGCCUGCUGGUUGCCGCUCGGCCGCCGCAUCCACAUGGACGACACGGGUCUCACGGUGCUGCGCAUCCUCUCGCAGCGAAGCAACGACGAGGUGGCCAAGGAGUUCGUCAAGCUCAAGUCUGACACGCGCUCUGCUGAGGAGGGCGGUGCGGCGCCUGCGCCUUAGCGCGGCGCUCGCAGGCGGGAGGCACUGAACCUGCGCGGAGCGCGGGUGGGGCGGGGCUUGUGCCUGGGCCAGACCUCCCCAGGGGGGACACUCCGGGCUCUGCGCAGGGGGCGGGCUGCGCCUGCGCUCUUAAUUUAGGUUGCCUAUCUGGCGAAAUGUGCUUGGUUGACAUUCCGCCCCUUCCGGAGGACAUCCCCGGGGGCGCGAGGGAGGAAGAAGCCACAUCCCCUAUUUGAGGCCACGCCCCCAUUGUCUAGUGGGCGCUUCGGGCGGGGUUGGGGGAAACCCCAUCCCUCUGGAGGAGACCACUUCCUGGGGCUCUGGUACUGGAAGGCCGCGCCUCCUGACCCCUGGAAAAGCCAUAAGAUGGGUUCCAAUCCCCGGGCCCAAGACCAGUUGCUAAGUAUGUAACUCUUAGCUCCUUGAAGGGCAGGCCUUAGGCAAGGGGUAGGGCUUCCUGGAGCUCCCUCUUAGGUGGUUUGGGAGCUGGACGGACCAGGAUGCUGGUUGGAGGGCCCCGGAUUACCGGAGUCCUCUUUGAUGUUUGUGCAAAAAAUAAAUGGGGGGAAGAGGGAAGAUGGGAUUUCAAAAGCACAUGCGCCCUCGGGCGCCCAAACCCUGAAGGCCGAGGGGACUGCUCUGGGCACCAAGGCAGCCCCUAUUUCCCUUUGGAGGGUUGCCUUCCCCUCUCCCCCAACAUACCCAGCCCUCAUAUCUUAGAGUUCAACACACCCGUUUGACAGAUGGUGAAACUGAGGCCCAAAGAGCUGCUUGAGACUUGGCCAAGGUUCCUAGUGCCAUAUCCUCUCCCCAACCCCUUAGGCCUGGGUGCCCCAUGGAAGGGUGGGCUGAGAUCAGAUGACCUGACACAGCUCCCUGUUGCUGCUAACCCCCACCUCAGUGGUCCUUCCCCAAGGGGUGGGGGUCCUGGGCCAAAGCCCCUAUUACACCCUCCUUUUCUUGUUAGCAAGCAGAACCCCUGCCCUCAGCCUCUUCUGGAGCCCCAUGGGAGAUGCCCUGAGAACUCUUGACCUCCCACCAGAAAAGCCCAAGGAUUUGGGAUCCCCUAGUCCCAGGUUCCCCCAUUCCUUCUUUCUUUCCCGGAAUUCUCCAGGCAGGAAAGAACAGAAUAGGAGACCAGAAAUUCUAGAGUAUGUGUGUGUCAGAGAGAGAGAAUACAUAAACAUGCUUGGAGCUUAGUCUCCAAAAUCUCAUUCAUUCAAAUGCCCAGGCCACAGGAUUACCCCAAGUGGAGCUCCAGGGUAACUUAGCAAGAGAGUUAGCUUAUGAAGGCGGGCCUUCCAGGGCCUAUCUUUGCCCCAGGAUCUGAUUGAAAGUUCAGCAGGGCCUAUCUUUGCCCCAGGAUCUGAUUUUUCCACAUUGCACGCAUGCAUAUGUGACAUGGUUUCUUCUGUCAGAUUGGGACGUACAGGAUUGUGCUGAGCUAGGACAAAAUGAAAAUGGGGGGAGAUGAGUAACUGGGCUCCUGGAGGGACAGGCAUCACAUCAGAUGGGAAGGCUUUCCAAGUUGAACAAUGAGAUGGAACCACCAGGGACAGUGGGGAGUCGUGGCUGGAGAGAUCUGCAGAAGUAUCAGACCACACAGGGACUUGUAUGCUGCCCUGAAGACUUUCACUUUUAUUCUAAGACGAUUGGGGAGCUCUGGGAGAGUUUUAAAGUUGGAGAGAGAUUGGAUUUCAGGUUUCAAAAGCUGCCUUAUGAAGAAUGAAACCAGUGAAGAGGUGGGUGGGGGGUGCUUUUGGGUACUGAAAUUGAUUCUUGGAAAGAUGUUGGAGGCUAUAUAUUAAAAAGAAAAGACAAACCCUUGGCUCUUAGAUGAGCCCCUGCUCAGCUGAGUAGAGUUAUCCAGUUGUGCACUGCCCAAGGGUUUGGCAUAACUAAGGAGCCCUUAGAGAUGCAAAUCUUAGACAUUGGGUGUUGUAUGUUUACGAUGACGGUUUCCCCACAGGUGAAUGGCAAAGGUCUGGCAGUAGUGGAGCCACUUUCUAAUUUGUUUGAAGGCCCUGUGUGUCCCCUAAAUUUAGGCAGGUGUGGGUAACAGGUUCUAAACUAAAGGUUAUGAUGCAAGUUCUCAUACAGGAUUGAAGGAUUCUAGCCAGGGGCCCUGUGGGAGCAUAGAGUGAGGGACACGGACUGAGGGAUAGAUUUGAAAUGCAGACCAUGCCAGGUCUGGGGGUGUGGGUAGGGUGAAUGGAUGACUCAGGGUUGAGAAUACCAGUAAUGCCAAAGGGAAGGUAAUCUAUGACCUGGGGUGAGCUCUGAAAAUUUUUUCGAUGGCUGGAAGGAAAAGAAGGAGCCGAGCUGCCUGAGAGAGCUAUUUCCAAAAUGAUUCCUUAGGAGUUUUUCUGGUCACAUGUGUGUGUUUGUAGGAUUAUCCAACACUGGCCUAGGCAUGUGGAAGGAGCUUCAGAGAAUAUCUGCGGAAUUAAUUUUUCUCACUCCCAGGCUAGAACUGUUUUUGACAUAUCCUCCCUCUUUUCUUUCCCAAGAGAACUAUUCAUUCUUCAAAAUCCAUUAUAAAAAUCAUUUCUUCCAGAAAACCUUCCCCCCUCUUCCUCCUCAGGACCUUCCCCAGCUUUUGCCCCUCUGGCCUAGCCCUGAUGCCAUGGGACUGGGGGUGUCAGCGUCCAACUCUCUUUCUCCCAGACUAGGAGGCCUCUCAGGGGCUCCAACUUUACCCAGCACCGUCUGGGCACAGGAGAAUGGCAGGGAGGAUGGGCCUAGUUGACUUAUGUGUUGGAGGCAGGGUCAGUGUGUGACUACAUAUCCACAUGUGUGUCUGUCUGUGUCUGUCCAUGCAAACCUUUCACUCCACACAGACCUGGGUACGUACAAAGUGUUUGAGCUAGAUUGAGGCUAAGCUGCAGGACACAAAAUGCAGAGAGAAGGGACAAAGAGGAAUCCAGGGGGUUGGAAUAAUUUUGAAACCAGAAAGUACCUUUAUUGGCACCACAGGGCCCAGAGAGGAGCAAGGCUUUGCCCAGAGCCACCCAGCAAGUGGAUACAGAGUCUAGCCUUGGAUGACACUUCUGAACUUUUGCCACCUCAUCUAGGGCAUCUGGGGUUCUGAGCCCUGGUGGGGUCUUGGAUCUUCUUCAUGCAAGGGGCUGACGCCAGAUUUCAACAGAUCAGGGAAAGCUUAAGGGCACAUAGGCCUGUGACAGGGCAGAUGUGGGGUGUGACAUCAAGGGAUACCUUGGAUGGAGCCAAACCCCACUGCUGAGGAAUAGAGACAGAGUAAAAACACAUAGACAGGUGAGAACAUGCCCCAGUAAAACGGAGAUUUUUGAGGGGGAGAGAUGCAGAGACAAGGGAGAACAGCACAAAAGAGUUGGGAAGGAAGAGGGAGCUGUUCUCACUCUCACUUGUCUGUCCAUGAAGGAUUUACAUAAAAUGAGGAGGUGCCCAUCUACAUCCCCAAUUCCCCUCUCAGACCCCAGAGCCUGAAAUCUCGCCACAUCCCCCUUCCCAUCAGAGAUGCAAAAAACUUAACACCCAACUAGAAAUCCUUGGGACCUCUCUCGGCUGGGAUCUCAGAGCCUUUCUGUCCCCCACCAUUACCCCCUGUGCUGUCCAUUUUGCAGGUGGGGACACUGAUGGGCGGGACAGAGUGGGGACAGCCUGGAGCUUCCCAGAACUCUGCUGCCCUGGGGGUGGUGGGACUCAGUCCCAAAUCACGGCCCCCAUCUGCUCCCUGAGCACCCUUUCCUAAGAAUCGUUAAGGACCAAAGUUGUCUUUGCUGACACAUGUUGCUUUUCUCUUUGCCUUUAUUGUUUUAGAGAGAAAUCAAGUAGACGGUGUCAAGUAAGAUCCCCCAGGCCCCGCCCAGCCAUACUGGCUCUCUGGAGACACAGGUCACAAGCAGAGGGUCUCUCAUGCACCUCUCAAGGGCCACAUAGCCAGGGCCCUUGAACCCCACUCCUGUCCCCAGCUCCCCAAACUGGCCAAGCAAUCUCAGAGGCCACCCCCUCCACGCACCUUCUCUUAGCAUGUGAUUGCAAAUGUGAAAUCAAAACGUUGUUUGUUUUUUUGUUUUGUUUUUUAAUUACACCCCGUUGGUCCAGCAUCUGCACAGAUGCCCUCAUUUCUCUGUAAAUAUGUGACUUGGAACAAAUGUUUAAAACAAACGAGAAGUGGUCAUGAAUGCAUGGUGUUGAGAUGUUUUGCACUAUUCUGACUUUUUGGUCUCUGUAAAAAUAUUUUAUUAACAGCAGACAUUAAAAAAGGGA